AAAAAUGUAAAGGAAUGUUUUGUUUGCACAUUAUCUUGUCAAAAUUCUCAAAGAUUCAUCUGAAACGGAUCUUGAAAAAUGCCCACAAGAUAUUGAUGGUUACUUUCUUAAUAAUUUUAAACGUAUUUAUGAGAAAGUUGGAAAAGAUUUCUAUAAAAAAUUGUUAGGUUGUGCAGUGGUUGCUCCUUCACCUCUUCCUAGUUCGUUUAUUCCAUUUCUUUUAAAGAAAGAAAAUUUAAAUCUUGACGAACAAGAAGUAAUUGAUGCUAUUUCACUGUUUUUUCCUUGUGAUGAAGAAAAAUUCACGUGUCUUCACAAUCUUAUUCCUGACUGGCUCACUGAUAAAAAGCGUGCUUCGCGAAAGUUCGUAAUAGAUAAAACAGCAGCACAAAUUUUCUUUAAGGAAAUUGUCAUCGAACUUUUGACAUCAUUCCUGGAGAAUGGACUACCAUUCAAUAACUCAGAUGAAAAUUCCGUUGUCUGUUACAUCCUCACAAUUGAGUUUCGUUAUCUAUUUCAUCUUUCAACUAAAAACUUUGAAUUGUCGAGAAUAUUUUUUCAGUGUUUUACUAACUAUCAGUUUCUCAAACAACGAAUAGAAAGCAGUACAUCAGGUAUUUUUUCCCUUUUAAAUGACAUUCACUUUGCAAUUGGAAAUAUUGAGUUAAAAGAAGAUGAAAAACAAACUGUUAAGGAACUACUGUCUAUUCUUGAAAAUGACAGUUUUUAUUUGGUAGAUAACCCUCAUCUUUUGGACUCCUGUCUUUCAAGGUUAUCCUCAAAGGUCAGACAAGCAAUUAUAUCAAAGCAUUCAAACCAAUGUAGAUUGCCGAAUAUUAUUUCAAAUGACGACAUUAAUAUUUUAAAAAUUAAGUGUGACGUCUAUGCUUAUUCAACAGACAGAACUUUGUUGGCAGGAGGAAAAGAAAACGUUCUUUAUCUGUUUGAAACAUCUUUUUUUCAACAAAAAUUUGGUCCUUAUCAGUUAAACGUGGACAAGAUUCAUUGCUUAGCAUUCUCUCCUGACGACAAAUGGAUAUUUUUUGGGACUUUAAGAUUCUGGUUUUCCGUAGACGAGAGAAUGACAGUUGAGAAAACUCAAUUUCCACAAACUGAUACAUUUUAUAACUGGGCUUCUUUUGUUGAACAUGAACAUGUAAAUUACAUAGCGGUAAGAGCGGAAAAUGUUGAAUGUCGACCUGAUGAUGAAUGUAUAUUUUCCGUCACUCCUGAGAAAUAUCCCACUUCUUCCAAACACCAAAUCUGGGAUGUCAAAACAGGGGAUCAUGUGUUCAAGCUCAUGUGUGAAAGCGAUCUUAAUAAUCAAUGGAAACUGAAUUCUUUCUUCUACAUAUGGCAUUUUUUUCCAUAUACUCUUUAUAAAACGUUAGAGGGUGAAUUGUCUCCAAAAGAAUUUCUCCGAUAUUUAUUGAUAAAUCGUUUUAAUGAAGAUAAAUCUAAUGUAAAAAUCUGCGACCAGGGGAUUUACUUUCAGAAACGUAGGUUCCUCCAGGGAAAUUACUUUAAGAAACGUAGGUUCGUCCAGAGAAAUAUGGUUUGGCCAUCUAAUUUAAAUAAUCGUUUUGGGCUUCUCAAAGAUAAAGUAUCGAUUGUCAAGAAAGACUCCGUUUUCAUUCACAACAUGCCAAUAUCUUUACAUAAUCUGAUUUGGGGCGAUGUAGUUUGUUUGUCUAGGGACAAAAAUUGGUUGCUUCUUAAACAUAAACGUAAAUUUCAUUUGUACAAUUUUGAUCAUUCUCAAGAUCAUGACGAGGUUCACUUUAAGGAAAAUACUGCUGAGACUAGCCAUGAUAGCUUCAAGCUCCAUGGUGUUAUGGAAGGUAAUUCAGAUAUAUUUGGUUUUACACAUAAUAACAACGCUAUCAUUUACAAAAAUAGAAAAAAUCUUUUCGCUUGGUUUUUGGAUAGGAACAAGCAUUUUAAAAGUGUUUCCAGAUUUUCCCCUUUGCUUUGUAUGGACGAGAAUUCUGCUGCGGGAGUUAAGUUUGUAUUUCGAUCGAAUGGCGAAGAAAAAAUGAUUUUAUUACAAGACUUUCCUGCAGAUUUUUUGAAGUUCGUCGACUCAAACUUUCAUGAAUACAACGUAGACUUUUCCAAGUUAGAGAUAUUUGAUGCAAAUAAAUGCACAUUCUCUUAUGAUAGACGGUAUUUUGUAAAAUGUUCUAAUUCUGAACUUAAAAUUUUUUCCGCCGAUUCCUCUUUCUCCACUUCUGAAAUAGUUCAUAAACUGAAGAAUGGUGAAUCAGAUUUCCAUUUUGUGUUGUUUUCUCCAGACUCGUCCUUGAUUCUAUUUUGCACCAAUAACAAGGAUUCUUGUCGUCAAAAAAUUUACGUCUGGUUUGUGAAAGACAAAGUUUUAAGGCCUUUUUUUUCUGAAAAUGAUUGGAUAGAAGUAGACACUUGUUGUUCUUCCAGGUAUAACAGCAUAAUCAUCUUGUGUAGAGGAACAUCAAUUUGGAUAUACGACUAUGACUAUGAUAAAAAUAUAGCCAGUGAACCAACCACGCGUUCAUUUCAAUCAGGUAGUAAACACGAGAAGUGUAGCCAUUGUAUUCUGUCGUCUGACGACAAAAUGUUAGCUUGUUGUGUAGAAAAUAAAAUAAUUUUUUAUGAGUUGCUAAAUGCUCCUGAAAAAGCAUCUCAAUUUAAGCAUUCAUGCAUGGUUAAGUGUUGCUAUUUUAUGGGAGGAAACAAAUAUGUUUUGUUUCAAGAUAUUGCAGGUUACAUGUUCAUGUUUGAUCUGACUCAAUGGAAACUUGUAACAUCCUUUAAAGCUGAAGCUUCAGUUAAAAUUUUUAAACUUACUGAUUACAAAAUAACUUGUAUUCAACCAAAUGGUAAAAUCAAUGUUCUCGCUAUUGACGGUUUAAACGAUUGGUCAGGCAAGGUACAAUCUACCUUAUAAUUUGGAUGUGACGACUUUGCAUUAUCUAUAAUCAAUUACAGUGAUGAUGAUGACGAUUAUUGCGAUUAUAGUGAAUUUUGGCAAUCUGAAAGUAAUGAAAGUGAUGAUGAAAUGGUUUAACAAUGUAGCUUGUAAUUUAUGUGUGUUGUUAAUUUCACUAAUAGU